GGGAGAUGCCGGCGGCGGGCGAUGUGGCUCAAGCCGACGCGCUGCCGUGCCGGGCUCUCGCUGAAACUUUUCCCUCACCUUCCCCCCCCACCUCCCCCAUCCUCCCCGUGGAUGCUCAUUUGUCGCUCGACUUCCGAGACUCCCUGCCGGCUCGGCAACUCCCGUCGUGCCCGGGGCACCGCUGCCCCUCGCAAACGGGAGGGCUGUGGUUGAGAGGAGCGGGAGCCGGAGCCGGUGGUACUAAGGUAUUUCUGCUAGUUGUUGUCAUGGAAAUGAUGCUGCCGGCGGCGGCGGGGAGUUUACAGCGCCGGUGAUGAAUGGCAGCAAUUUGUCUCUUUCCUUUAGCCGCGCUUGGGAAAUAGGUGGUUCUGUUUGCACAAGUUCAACUGUCUAAUGGGGACGGCGGGGCAGGUUGAGCAUAUCUCACUUUGGGAGUCAGCAGCCCCCCUCGGCAGCCCGAAGAGCUCGCCCAAGAGGUAAUUGCUGGAAUGUGACAUAUUUUAUUGAAAUGAGUUGGGAUGUUUGCUCGGCACGUCUGCCGGGCAUCUGCUCCUAGGAAAUGUACAUUUUUCCCUUCGGAGGUCAGGAGCGUUAACGAGGGGCCGCGGUGCCCCAGCACGGGCGGUACCGUGCGGAGAGCCUGGGCUCCGCCGCCGCUGCCCCGCUCCCUGCCCCAGCGGCGCUUCUCGCCUUUGCCUUCUCGCCCUUAAUAGCUGCGAAAGAAGUUUCAAUCUUGGAAAGAGGCGACAAAGCGCGGGCGCUGGGUUGUGAUAUUAUGUCGGGGGACGGUUAUCAGGGCAGCAUUAUCGCGAUACUCUGUCCCGGGCGGAGAUGCGGCUCACCUUAGCGCGGCUACUUAAAAACGCUGUUACUUAACUCGCAAUUUUUGGAUACGAUGGAUUCCGUGCGAGGAUAUUUCCCAGGGAAAGGGCGGAAAACGCUGUUUUAUGUAGGGAGGCUGGUGUGUUGGGAUAGGAUUUUUUUCUCCAGGAAAAAAAAGUUUGGGAAUGAAUCGCUAACUUUUAUCCAAGCCGCUUCACUCGAUUACAUUCUUCGUCCUAUUUUUCUCUCCUCCGUGGAGACCGUUGUAUGCUGGAGUCAAGCCCCGAUAAAAAACAAUGGACUAAACCAGACCAGACGGUUUCUUCGGAGGUGAAUCUCACCCGAUCUUGUGGAUAUUUGCUGGAGUGACCGUGCGGCUCGGGGCGAUCCCUCCCCCCUCCAAAAAAACAAAAAAAAAAUCGCCAGCUAACCGGCGGUGGAAAUCGAGCUCGAAACUUUUUAAUUGAAUGGAGCUUCCCCCUCCGCAGUCCCUCCCGGAGCCCGGGUCGGAAGAGCGCCCCCCGCCCAGGCCAGGCCCCGGGCCCGCCCCCGCAGAGAGGUCCCAGCCGGCACCCACCCCGCCGCCGCCACCGCCGCCGCCCGCCGCCGCCUCCGUCCGCACCUCCAGCCCCACCAUUCAGCGCGCAAGAUACCCGCCAGAUAUGCCCUGUGUGCAAGCGCAGUAUAGUCCUUCACCACCCGGUUCAAAUUAUGCAUCUCAGACCUACGCGUAUGGCUCGGAGUACAGCUCAGACAUCAUGAACCCUGACUAUGCCAAGCUGACCAUGGACCUGAGCAGUACCGAAAUCACUGCCACUGCCACCACCUCCCUUCCCAGCUUCAGCACCUUUAUGGAGGGUUAUUCUGGCAGCUAUGAGCUCAAGCCUUCCUGCCUCUACCAAAUGCAAUCUGCCUCCUCUGGCCAGAGGCCCCUCAUAAAGAUGGAAGACACCCGGCUGUCCCCAUACCAGCCCUCACUGCCCCCAUCCACAGAUGAGGGGAUGCCCAGCACUUCCAUGUACUUCAAGCAAUCUCCACCCUCCACUCCCACCACACCCGGCUUCCCCGCUCACCAGAGCCUGUGGGACGAACCUCCGCUGCAGCCCACGCAGACCUGCUUGCCUCCUGGCCACCUGAUGGACGCCACUCCCAUGAAGACCGUGCCUCCACGCUUCCCUCUGUUCCACUUCAAGCACUCGCCUCCGCACACUCCGUCCGCGGCAGCCCACAUGUGCUAUGACCCUGCCUCCCUGAGCCUGCCCCUGGGCUCUGACAGACCCACCGCCAGCCAGGCUCCCAUGGAGGGCCAUUCCUACGGGCUCCACCUGGCCAAAAGACCAGCCUCCUUAGCCUUCUCACCGCUCGGCCUCAACGCAGCCACCUCCAGCCUGAUGGGUGAGAGCAGCGGAAGUGGCAGCAGUGGCCUCCCGUCUCCACCCAGCAGGAGCUCUUCAUCUGGGGAAGGCACCUGCGCCGUCUGUGGAGAUAAUGCCGCCUGCCAGCACUACGGGGUGCGGACAUGCGAGGGCUGCAAGGGCUUUUUUAAGAGAACAGUUCAGAAAAAUGCAAAAUAUGUUUGUCUGGCAAAUAAAAACUGUCCAGUGGACAAGAGACGUCGUAACAGAUGCCAAUACUGCCGAUUUCAGAAGUGUCUCAGUGUCGGCAUGGUUAAAGAAGUUGUCCGUACUGACAGCCUGAAAGGGAGAAGAGGUCGGCUGCCUUCCAAACCAAAGAGCCCCUUACAGCAAGAACCCUCCCAGCCCUCCCCACCUUCUCCUCCCAUCAGCAUGAUGAAUGCCCUCGUACGAGCUUUAACCGACUCCACGCCCAGGGAGCUUGACUAUUCAAGAUACUGUUCCACUGAUCAGGCUGCUGCAGGCACAGAUGCAGAACAUGUACAACAAUUCUAUAAUCUUCUGACUGCCUCCAUUGACAUAACUAGAGGCUGGGCAGAAAAAAUCCCAGGAUUUACUGACCUCCCAAAAGAAGAUCAGACAUUACUCAUAGAAUCAGCUUUUUUGGAGCUGUUUGUACUAAGACUCUCCAUCAGGUCUGAUACUGCUGAGGAUAAGUUUGUAUUCUGCAAUGGACUUGUGCUUCAUAGACUUCAGUGCCUUCGUGGAUUUGGGGAGUGGCUCGACUCUAUUAAAGACUUUUCCUUAAACUUAAAGAGCCUUAACCUUGAUAUCCCAGCCUUAGCAAGUCUAUCAGCUCUAACUAUGAUUACAGAACGACAUGGAUUAAAAGAACCAAAGAAAGUGGAAGAGCUAUGCAACAAGAUCACAAGCAGUUUGAAAGAUCACUUAACUUUCAGUUGCCAAAACAAAGGACAACCACUUGAGUCUGCAGAGAAGGUACUGGGUGUUCUGGCUGACUUGCGUUCUCUCUGCACACUGGGACUGCAGCGCAUCUUUUACCUGAAACUGGAAGAUUUGGUGCCAGCCCCUUCCAUUGUCGACAGGCUGUUUCUGGACACCUUACCCUUCUGAGUCAAACCACCCUCCUGAGAGGCAAAUGCCCACCAGAGCAGGCAAAUGGAUCGUGACUUACAGCUAACAUUUCUGCCCUCACUUAACAGAAAAGCAGCUCCGAGUCUAAAAUGAGGUCUUUUCUGGCGCUUUGUCCUUACAACCUGAGGCCUGAAACUUACUGGCUUACUGGUUUGGGGUUGUGUUCUUUGUUUUCUUUUGUGUGAUUUGGGUUUUUUAAAUAGCUAAUAAGGCACUUUUGGACAAUGCUAUCCCAGCAGCAGUAAAAGGUUAACAUGACUGUUUUAAAUCUGUUGUUUAACACCUCAUGGUCUAUGAGGAAUAAAAUUGUAGAAGUUGUGUUUGAAAACAAGAACAGCAAAUAGUUGUUUGCCAGGGUAGUAUGUGUUUUGUGAGGAUACCUUUAGCAUACUUCCUGCAUCAAGGGCACAUACAUCAGCACAAUCUAAACAAAAAUUCACUUUUUUAGCAAAGUACAUUCAAUUAAACAUUUCAUACAAAUCAAAUAUAGCAAAAUGACAAUGGCUGUUAGCUCCCAUGUUCAAGUGCAAUUUUUUAAAGUGCUGUCUUACUAAGUCUCGUUUAUUAACUAAUUUAUUUUACUAGGAAAACAAAUGGAAGAAAUCAAGUGAGAAAAUUACAUGCACUAACUUACCUGACAGAGUUUUCCAAACUUGAUUCCAUGUAGCGUGACUUAUUGACAAAUGUAAGUGGAAGACACGGGAGCAAUUGUGGCUCAGUUGUUCCUUAGCUAAGGAAAUCCGAGUAAGUAGUGAUUGGAGCAUACAGGGUCAGCAUCAGGGAUAGUUCCGUUUUAGACUUCUAACAUAAGUGACUAGUUAGUAAACAGACAGAAGAUCGUUUUCAAGAACAAGCAAGUCUUGUAAAAUAGUAUGAAUGUAAGUGCUAGGAAGGAUAUAGUGGGCUGCGUUUAAACAUUCCGUGUUCGUACUCCUUUUUGUAUGUUUAUACUGUUGAUGCCAUAUUAAUAUGAGAUAAUUUGUUGCAUAGUGUCUUUAUUUGUAUAAAUGUUUGUAUGCAUGGUAUAUUGUAAUGGCUUUGCCUGUAUUUAUUGCAAUGACUGCCAGCUCAUGGGAGCCCUGUUACACAUGAUAACUAAAUGGGGUGUUCACACUGACUCAGAUACACCAGUUGGAAAACUAUAUACAUAUAUAUAAUGUGUAUAUAUAUAUAUGUAUAUAACUAUAUUUGUGUGCGUGUGUGUGUGCGUGUGUCUUUUUAUUAACCAUUUGUAUAUAAAAUAUCUGUCAAAUCACAAGCAGAGUUAUUUUACAGUUUAUUUGCAGUGACUUCUAAGGCAGUACUGUUUAGCACUUUGAUAUUAAAAUCUUGCUCAUGUUUUGCUAAAUUCAAAUAAUAUUUAAAAAUUUAGUUCUAAAAAACUUUAUAUGCACUGUAUUGAGUCAAAAUUUUGUUGGUCAUUUUGCUAAGGAAAAUUUUGAAUGUCAACCUGAUGUCACUGUAUCUUUUGUUAGCUUUAAACAUUCUAGCUUUUGUCUUUUUUUAAACUAUGCUGUUUAUAUGGAAAUUAAAUUAUACAAUCAAACAGAUGCCAAAUGAAUUGCCUAAUUGCUGCAAAGGAUAACCCAGAUAUCGAGUCACUGUAUGGUUUUCAAAUAGUAAUCUGGUAUUUUAUCACUUACUAUGUUUGGAUGUGCUUUUAUGAAAAAAUUAUUCUUAUAUCAAGAUUUAUAGUAGUGUCAAUAGGGAAACAGACUUCUAAUCACUAUAGUUAAUAUUUCUGGUUUACCUGCAGAUAAUAUUUGGAAAAGUAUUGCUUUUUGUAUUGACUUUUAAGCUUAUGUGCAAACAUAAUAGCAUAAUUAAAUAUCAGAGAAGCUAAUGUUUCUUGUAGGUUGCUGUAACAAGCCUGACCAGCAAGAUAAAUAUAUUUUGACUGAAUUUGCUUUUGUAUAUACUUAAUAUAUAUAUAUACAUAUAUAUAUAUAUACACACUCACACACAUGUGCGCAUACAAAAACAUACAGACACAAAAUCCGAAGAAAGUAUGUUUGCUUUUGUCUCCUUGUGUAAGACACAAGUUCCCUUGAGAAACUACUUUUAUCUAGGGACAAAUCCUGCCAGGUGCUGAGCACCAGCCAGAUAUGAGGGCUUGCAGGAGCUUUUUGCGAGUGGGCCCUUACCAAGGAUUUUCAGGCAAAUCAGCAUAGUACAGUAAAAUUCCUUUUUUGUUGAGCAAGGUUUAUUUAUUAAGUGGAAUGUUAGUGGGAGGUGGCAGGUUCGGAGCCCCAUGUGAAAUUUCACGUCGUCUGUGUCCUCCAGUCUUCCAUAGAUAGUCUUAGCUGUGAUACUCUCCCAAAUCCCAUCAUCUGUGGAAUUGUCCUUCAUGUCAACGUCAAUACACUGAUUCAUCCUAGAGUGCAACCAGUGACAGGUCACAGUGGUAAAAGAAAGAGUUAAUGCAGAAUAAAUCUACUACUAUUCUUAGAGCUCUCUCAGUGUGAACAUGCCUUUGUCUAGGCAGAAUUCAGGAAUAUAUCAGGUGUUAAGGGAGAGUGCCUUGCUUUUAUUUCAGACAACAGUGUCUCAAGAGUUUCUUCACUCCGCUAACCAGAGUACUUUUUUUCUUUCUUCUUUCUUUUUCUUUUUUUUUUUUUUUUGUGGUGUUAACCUGUGGGUUGAAAGAAAUGCUCAUGUACAUAUACAAUGUAAAUUAAAAUUAUUAAAUUGAAUAACAUUUUUUCAGAGGCCCCAUGUGUGUUGAAUAAGAAUGCUUAAUUCUGUCAAAAUCUGAUGUGAAUUUUUUAUCAUUUAUAAAACAUUAAAAAAUUGUCUACUUGAGUCUUAAAAGUGGAAAAAUUGGUGAAGCAUGCUUAAGAACACUGGCAAUUUAAUGGCUAGUCUUUUGAUUAAAAUAGCUUUUAUAUAAA